AUGAUCUUUGGUUUAGGAAGGUUAUUCUAUGUGGUGCUUCUGCUCAUCAAUGCUGUCGCAGUUUUGAGCGAAGAACGAUUCUUAAGAAGAAUUGGACUCGUUGCAGGUUCAAAUCAGGGUGCUGUUUUCGGACAGCAAGAAAAUACUGCCAAAUCUAAAGUUGUUCAGCUUAUAAGUGCAGUGCAGACGUUAUUGAGAAUACCUCUCAUUGGGAUCAAUAUUUUGGUAAUUGGAUAUGAGCUACUUCUCGGCUGA